GAGACCAUCACAGCAGUCGGAUCGUUAUAAAAACGCUCGUGGAGGAUUCUUAAAGGUUUUGGUUUUCUCUCUUAAAUCGGAAGUGAACUGUUUUAACUUUCUGUCUGUUUGUAUCAGAUUUCAUCGAAAGGAGGAAACUUUUUUUAUUUUGAACUCUGCAUGAUUUACCUUCAACUGUGUGGAGCAGGUGAAGAAGAUCAACAAGCAUUCAGCUACUGCCAGGAUCCCAGAACAACUCGUCCAAACUGAACCCUGGUUUUCUCCCAGUCGCCAUGAGUACCAACGCCACCCCUCGGGGUUGCGGCCCCGAGGUGGACUCCCUCUAUUACAAUCUGUGUGACCUCAACGUUGUGUGGGGCAUCGUGCUGGAGGCCUUCGCCGCGGCCGGCAUCGUCUUCUCCGUUGUGCUUUCCAUCUCGCUGCUGGCCAGCUUGCCCUUCAUUCAGGACAAGAACCGCAGGAGCUCGGUGGUGCUCCAGGCCUUCUUCGUGGUCUUCACCGCCGGCCUCUUCUGCCUGACCUUCGCCUUCAUCGUGGGAAAGGACUUCUCCACGUGCGCCUCCCGGAGGUUCCUCUUCGGCGUGCUGUUUGGCGGCUGCUUUGCCUGCCUCCUGAUGCAGUGUGUGAGGCUGAACUUCCUCGCCCGGCGGGACAGCGGGCCUCGGGCCUGGGUCUUGUGUCUGGCGGCGUUGGGGCUGUGGCUGGUGGAGGUGGUCAUCAACACCGAGUGGCUGAUCAUCACGGUGGUUCGGCACCCACAGGGGCCGCUCAACGCCACGGCCGAAACCGGCAGAGCCACGGCGACGCCAUGCAACGUUGCCAACGAGGACUUCGUCAUGGCGCUGAUCUACGUGAUGACCCUGAUAUUGGCCGUGGUGGUGGCGAGUCUCGCCAUCAUGGCGGGCAAACACAACCAGUGGAAGAAGGAAGGCGCCUUCAUCCUUCUGAUCAGCCUUGUCUCUGUGGGUAUCUGGGUGGCGUGGAUCGUCAUGUACGUCUACGGGAACCAGAGGACAGGGGGGCCCACGUGGGACGACCCCACCUUGGCCAUCGCCUUGGUUGUGAACGCCUGGACCUUCAUCAUCCUCUACUCGAUUCCCGACAUCUGCACCUUGACCAGCUUUGAGGAGACCGAGCAGACCUUUGGGGAAGAUCUGUACCCGAACCGAGGAGUCGGCUACGAGACGAUCCUGAAGGAGCAGAGCUCCCAGAACAUGUUCAUGGAAAAUAAGGCGUUCUCUAUGGACGAGCCCAAACAAGGAUCCAAGCCCGUGUCUCCGUACAGCGGCUACACCGGUCAGCUGCGUGGGGCCGUCUACCAGCCCACCGAGCUGGCUCUCAUCAGCAAAGCAGUAGGAAACCACCCUCCGGAGGUCUCCUUUGACAUGGCCAUUCCCAGAGCGUCCACCCACUCAGCCACCGACAGCGGGAGCAGCACUCCAUCGACACACGGCAAGGCCGGGAGCGCCGCCCACGCUCAGACCAACGGGAACAGCGGAAACGGUCUACAUAGGACGUCCCAGUGGUGAACACCCUGACGCUCUCAACAACACGUCAAAUUAACUUCACGUCUUUUCAUUUUGCUCUCGCUGACUGUGUGUUUGCUGUCGCUCCGUGGUUCUCUAAGCUGGUUCUAAGAGGAACGCCGAGCCACCCGGCACCGAUGGAAAAACAGCCAAACCUUCUAUUGGCUGGCUUCCUCUGUGCCGCCGUGUGUCAGACAGUGUAGAGCUUCAUUUGGACGUCAAAGCUGCGGCUUUGCUGCAGAACAAAGACGUUUUGCAUCAGUUAGCCGGACUGUGAGCCCUCUGCUGGACCACAAUCACACCGAUAGAGGGUGGGUGCUGACGGCGCAAAUAUAUUACAUUCACCAUACACCCACCCUUCCCCCUUUCCCCGACACCCACCAUAAACCUGCAGCGGCAGCACCGGUGGAACAUUAUUUACUCGCUUUGGGUUGUGAAUAUUGUUAUUAACCACAAAGUUCACAUGUAAAAUAGAGCAACUGGUGUUGGAUUAAUGUAAAUAAGUUGUUAAUGUGUCAAUGGUUGUACACUGCAUGGAAGCAUUGAAUGAAUAUGUUUAUUUAAUAUUAUUUAUAGCACCACUGUGUGCUAUUUGAUGAUUUAAUGUUAUUUCUACCAAUCAACAAUCACACGAAUGGAGCUGAAAUAGAACUUGUUUCACUGUUUUAUGAGUUUCUUUAUUUUUCUUUCUUUAAAAGAAAACAGAAGAUGACUAUGACAUACUUUGUGUCAAUAUUCUUCAAUAGAUACUCUGCUUAUUUACCUGAUGGUUACAUUCCAGUUUAGCUUCAGAAGUACCCUCAAAGCCUCAUGGGAGUUGUAGUUUUUGAAUGUUCACAAAACAAUCAGCAGAUGUGCAAAAAAUAAUUCACUUUUCACUCUGCAGUCUUCUACAUGGUGUGUUAGGAUUCCCUGGAGUGAUCAAUAUUUGGUCCCUAACUCAAAGUUAACUCCCAUCAUGCAUUGUGCAGACAGGGAAAGGUCAAGAAUACACUUUCUUGGUUCUAUUGGAAACGUCUUCAGUGAUGAACCCGGGGGUGUGACCAAGACCAGGGUGAUGUACCCCCGACCUGGGUCCAAGCGGGGCCCUGCUGCUCCACGGAUGCCGAAUGAAAAACAUAUUUGCUGCUGGUUGAAAUGAACCUGAAUAUGGCUGCAUCCAACCAUUAUUUUCAUUAAUGAUUAAUCUGUAAUUUGGUCAAUACAAUCUCAGAACUUUGGUUUCUCUGAACCAGAGUUUGCUUGUUUUGUGUCAGUUAAACAGUCCAAGCUAAAUAUAUUGAAUUUAUUAUGAAAGAAAACAACAAACGUUUUAAAUGUUUUAACUUUUAGAAAGACAAAUCAAAGAAACCCUUAAAGAGAAACCUGUAUUGUCUGUCUGAGAAAGAUAUCACAAUGUCCGCUGUUUAUAAACCCUUUGAUUUAAUGUAUCGACAUGUUUUUGACCAGAGCCACUGUGUGAUAUGUCUUUAAUAUACAGCAAAUAAAUAUCCACUUGCCAUGUUAUGAAUAAUGUGUUAUUUCAUGUUCUUGUGAGGUGAUGAGGGCAGUCGGAGGGUGUACCAGGAAAUGUUCUGUAUUCUAUGGGAGAUUUCCUGGAAGAGAGACAAAGAAGAGUCUGGAGACUGUUGAUACACACUCUAAACUUUAUUUAACUAUACAUCAAAAAUAAUAUUGGAUCUA